AAUUCCCCCCCGUAAUUCGCACACUGGUUGAGUUAACGGGAGGGAGGAAGACACGGAAUGGUAACCGGGACCUGGGCCUGGAAUAAACAGACAGAACCGACACGAUCCAGACUGGCGUAGGCCGGGGACAUGACACUAUAAAUCCCACAUUUUAAAUUUUAGUAAAGCAGAAUCGUGAUGUCUGGGACAGUCAGCAUGAAGGAGCCGGUGUGCCUGGUGGAGAGUGACAAAGAGGGGAGACUGCGUGUGGUGCCAGCUGCGCAGGACAUCCUGAACCAGAUAGACCAGCAUGUGGUGGCGGUGGCGGUGGUGGGUUUGUACCGCACUGGCAAGUCCUACCUCAUGAACAAGCUAGCUGGGAAGAACAAAGGAUUUGCCUUGGGAUCCACCAUACAGUCCAAGACUAAGGGCAUCUGGAUGUGGUGUGUGCCUCAUCCUAAACAAGCUGACCACACUCUGGUGCUGCUGGACACAGAGGGACUAGGGGACGUAGAGAAGGGUGAUGAGAAGAACGACAACUGGAUCUUCUCCCUUGCUGUCCUCCUCAGCAGCACUCUGGUGUACAAUAGCAUGGGCACCAUCGACAACAACGCCUUGGAGAAACUCCACUAUGUGACUGAACUGACAGAGCACAUCAAGGUGAAGUCUGGACAGACGGAGGAUGAUGAUGCAGAAUACAUGCAGUUCUUUCCCUCCUUUGUGUGGACAGUUCGUGACUUCACCCUGGAGUUGAAGCUCGAGGGACAAGCGAUCACUGCAGAUCAGUACCUGGAGAACGCCCUCAAGCUGAAACCAGGUACGAGUCCGAAGACUCAGGCGUACAACCUCCCUCGCAGCUGCCUCCGGAACUACUUCUCCCCCCGCUGGUGUUUUGUGUUUGAGCGUCCGGCUAACGGGGAGAAGAUGAGACGCAUGGAGGAUCUGACUGAUGCUGACUUGGAGCCAGACUUUGUCCAGCAGUCCAAGGACUUCUGUACCCACGUCUUCACCAACGCCAAAACAAAGACCUUGAAAGGUGGCUUGUUGGUAACUGGCAGAUUGUUGGGUAACCUGGCAGAGACGUACGUUGCUGCCAUCCGCAGCGGGCAGAUCCCCUGCCUGGACAACGCCGUGCUGGCGCUGUCAGAGAUUGAGAACUCCUGUGCUGUUGAGCGUGCCAGGGUGUUCUACCAGGAGAGCAUGGCAUCAUGGGUGGCUUUCCCAACCGAGGACCUGGAGGAACUGUCUGAUAUCCACGCCCAGAUAGAGAAGGAGGCUCUGGUCAUCUUCAUGAAAAGUACCUUUAAGGACGAGGACCAGAAAUACCAGAAAAGGCUUGCGGAAGUGCUUGAGGCAGAAUACCGGCAGAUCCAUGAGAAGAACUGCCAGGAGUCCAAGAGGGUGUGUGAAAGCAUCAUCAAGAGGGUCUUCGGCCCUCUGGAGGAGGAGGGGAGUUCUGUCUACACUGUCCCUGGUGGAUACUACAACUAUUGCACGGACCUCCAAAUGAUGACCAAGCUAUACAAGAGGACAGAGGGCAAAGGAGUGAAGGCAGAGGAGGUUCUCCAGGUGUACCUGGAUGGGCUGGCCAGCCUUGGACAGACUAUCCUGGCAGCAGACAAUUCUCUCUCUGAAGCUGAGCAAAGGACAAAAGAGGAAGAGGCCAGGAGGGAGCAGGCUGAACGACAACAGUGUGCAGCGGAGGAGCAGGUAAGGUUUCAGAAGAGGCUGCAGGAGGACCAGGACAGAACUCACCAGCAGCACGUCGACCAGCUGAUGGAGAAGAUAGAGGUAGACAGGAGAAACGCUGCAGCAGAGUACGACAGGGUUCUGCAGGUCAAGCUGACGGAGCAGAGAUCCCUCCUACAGCAAGGGUUUGAUGACAGAGCAUCCAGGCUGCAGGGACAGAUCAAUCAAAUCCAAGAGGACAGAAGAAGAGCAGAACAGAAGCGUAGUUCUGGUGGCUGCAUUUUACAAUAAGCUUCAAACCAGGAGCAGUUUACCUUUUUACUUCAUUACCCACAAUCCUCUUGUUACAGUUUGCAUGUAAGACCUCAAGCCAAUAAAGAUUAUCAGUGCUCAAAUUUAGGAACAUGUAAGAUAAAAUAUGAAAUAUCGUUUUGUGUGAGUGAAUUUUCAUUACAUCCUUCGAUUUCUUUGCUUAACAGUAGCAAUGUUUGGCUAGUGCUAUAUCAAAUAAAUGUGUUACUCAAAUUACUCAAAUAUACACCAACAGUAAAA